GAAAAGUUUAGACAAGUUUGACAGUUUGGGAGCAGAGACACAAACUGCGGAUAAACAUGACGAACAUCUUCACUCUGUUUCAUCUGUCCAGGUGUGUUACCUUUUGCUGAUGUUGCUGUAAAGUCGUCAGUCUCCUCUGACAGACUGACUGUCCUCAACCAGACACACAGACAGGCAGAUAUGGAGAGCGGAUCUAUGGGAAUGGACACUAGCACUGCUCCAGAUCCUAGAGUGCAGUCAGACUACAGUUUAGCCUGUCUGCGGCGUCGGGCAUGGGCCCAGAGCAGAGACUCCACCUGGCAAGCAGAGAGCUUUGGCCCCCAGGGGCCGCAGCAGAACCAGAGGGAUGGGGAAGAACAAAGAACCUCAGAAGAACCAGGGAGAGUUCCUAACAACAUCGCCAGCUGGCUGAUUGAAUGCAGGACUCCCCUCGGAGCCUCUCUAGAUGAUCGGAGUGCUUCUCCAAGCAGAGGAGUGCUGAAGAACGGCUGCAGCUUUGAAGAUGACCUUUCACUGGGAGCUGAAGCCAACCAUCUUCAGUCCAGUAACAAUAAAACUGAAUCCUGUUUUGGUCUUGCGGCGGAUCAGAAGAGGAGUCAGUAUAAAGAGAGUGCAAGAAGUAUGAACUCCACAGGAUCAGGAAAGAGCAGCACUGUGUCCAGUGUGUCAGAGCUGCUGGACCUUUACGAGGAGGACCCUGAGGAAAUCCUCUUAAAUCUUGGUUUUGGUCGAGAAGAACCUGACCUAGCCUCAAAGGUUCCCUCCAGGUUCUUCAACAACUCCUCCAUAGCCCGGGGCAUCGACAUCAAGGUCUACCUUGAAGCUCAGCUGCAACGCAUGGAAGUGGAGAACCCCAACUACGCUCUGACUAGUCGUUUCCGUCAGAUCGAGGUCUUGACUACAGUAGCUAACGAGUUCUUCCAGCUCUACAGUCAAGUUACUGGUCAGCCUGUCCAAAGCAUCAGCUCGGUGGACCAAGUAGAAGGAGGAGAAGGUGAAGAGUCGUCUCCUCUUCCUGGAAAGAAGCACAUCCUUGCCAAACUCCUCAAGAAAAAACUCAGCAAACGCAACCUGCUUGCAGCCGCCUCCGAGUCGCCUGAAGCUCACACACAUAACCAACACUCGCAGCCGAACGGACACGCCACCUCUGAUCACAAACACACCAACGCUAACGCACACGCCAGUCCAGAGCAGGAAGGUGGCAGUAAUGACCCCGAGCACCAGGCCGAGACAGUCAACCAGAAACAGACGCGCAAGAAAGACGGCUGUUCCCUGCCGACGGUCACAGAGGAAUCCAACGGGGAGGGAGACGACAGCGGCACCGGACCAGCAGCCAACGGAGAGAAUCAACCGGAAUCAGCUGACUCUCAGUCAACCAAUCAGAGAACAGAAAACACCGACUCUUUCGACAUGGAGGAGAUUCAGAGUAACGAAGAUGAACCUCUGCCAUCCAGAACUUCCAGAGCAACCGACCUGUUGAGGACCGUCAGUCAGCAGUCAGACAGCAGUGGUUUCGCUGAGGAAUUGCCCGCCGACUCCUACCUCAAGGUGCAGGAGAGCAGUGACAGCUGUGACAGUGAGACCACUGUGACAUCACAUCCUUCAAUAGAUGUGGCCACGCCUACCGCAAGGGACCAAUUAACAUUUGAGCUGCCGGACGGCCGUGAGGAAGAGACCGUUACUGGUGUUGCUGCUGAGGCUGAUGGGAGAAGUAGUUCCAGGGGAGAAGAGGAGCAUGAUGGGAGUUCAGAGCACGUUCUACAGUACACAGCCCACCACCUCCCCAGAAACGGACACAUGGGAAUGCAGCAGGAUGAGUCUCAGGAGGACGAGCAAGUUGAGUGUGGAGACCAGAGUGAUCCCGAACCAGAACCAGAACAAGAGAUUUUACAGAGUAUGUCUGCUGCAGAGCAAGAAACACAACCAGAAUUGGAACACACCUCGAAUCAGUCUGCUUCAGAACCACAACACCCUGAGAACCAGACCGCCACAGAUGCAGAACCACCCACAGAGGCAGUGGCUGCUGAGGAAGAGGCCCAGGAAGAGCAAGCAUUCUCAAAUGAUUCUGGUCCACUUUAUUUUCCUCCUGCUUCAACGUCUCCAGUUCUCAGUGCUCUGAUCCGAGCCAAACAGAGCCAACUGACCUGGGGUGGGCAGCGGGUCGAUCCCCAGUCCGCCGAUUCGCCCCAAAUCCCAGGUAGAAGGCGAAAUAGACAUGGCAUCCCCAUGCAGAGGUCCUCCUCUCUGCCCUCCUCACUCCUUUCGCCCUCCAGGGUCGUGUCCUCUGUCAGGAUCCAGUUUGGGAGAGGCCAGGUGUCCUGCACACAGCCCAGGUUCUCUUUCAAAUACUCCCAGGAUGCCGAAGGGGAAGAGGAAGAGGAAGAGGAGGAGGAAGGACAAACCAAGUGUCUGUCUACUCUGAUCAUAAACCCUGCCUCCUCGUCUGACUCUAUCAACAAACCACCAAGGCUUCCCCCAGAAGCUCCCAUCCCACCUAAACCCAUCCCACGCUACCUACUGCGCUCAACUUGUUCCCUGCAGAGCUGCAGCCCUCCUCCUGAUUGGUCAACAGGAAGCCAUGGCCGCUCCUGGAGCACCCAGAGUGUUCCUGAUCUGUUCUCCCAUCAGCCACAUCUGGGCCAGUUCCAUCAGAACAUGAGCACCAACCAAAACCAGCAAAGUUCGAAUCCAGGGCAGAUGAUGUUUCGUUAUCCAAAUCCUGCAGCUCAGUACGUAAACCCAAGCCCAGCCCCUAGUCCCAGCCCAUAUCCCUUCACUUCGAACCCUCCUCCGCAGUACCCCUCCCAUAUGCAUCCAUACGGCAGUCUUCCUAACUUCCUUCACCACCAAAACUUAACCCACCAUUCUAGUCUAAGCAGUCUCUACCAACCUACAACUUCCACAAUCCCCCAGCACGGUAGCCUCUCCAACUUGCAUCAUUCCUCAACUUCCACGGCUCCUCACCACGUCAAUCUGGGCAGCCCGCAUCCAGGACCUCCAGCAAUGCGCCACCAGGGCUACAAUCAUCUAUACGGCCAUCAGUCACCUUACCAUGCCACUCCUCACGGCUCACAGUUUUCCUCACCCUACUUUGGUUACAAUGAGUACAACAUGAACCCAAACCUGGCGUUCCCCCACUCCGUUCCCCAGUGUCUGCCAUUUUCCCCAGAACACAGCCUCCACCCGGGCCUGGCUCCUCCUGCUCCAGGCUUCUACCCAGGCCUGGCCUCAAACAUCGGCCCGGGUCACAGCCUCCACCCGGGGCUCUCUCCUCAUGCUGCUUCAGAUCCAGGACACAGCCAGGGCCCGUCCAGCACUGAGAUGCAGCUGAGGAGAGUCCUGCAUGAUAUCAGAGGAACGGUUCAGAGUCUGAGUCAGAACCGAGAUGGGGUUCUCCGGACUCCGGACGUGUUCAGUGAGCACAGAGCAGCUCUGCCCAGCCACCAGUCUUUGGCAGAGUUUCAGCAGAAGAGGCAGAGUUUGAACUUGUUCCGCAGUCAGAUGAUGGACCUGGAGCUGUCAAUCAUCCGACAGCAGGCUCUGGUCUACAAACACCUGAGCCCUGCCGACAGGAUGGAGGUGGAGCAGCUUCAGUCUCUGAGGUCGGCGGUCAGAGAGGAGCUGCAGGAGCUGGAACAACAGCUUGAAGACAGACUGAUGGAGCUGACACACAACACACAGCACAGGGGUCUCCAUAGAGACGGCAGUGUUGACAGUCUGUCCACAGCCUCUGCGCUGAGAGCCAUGGAGCCGGUGUCAGACCUCCUCAGAGAGCAGCUCUACCUCCAAUCAGAGCUCAGCGACGAUGGCCACGCCCCCUCCACCAACCCUUCCUCCCGAUCCUCCAGUCCAGUCCGAGGACAUCGCAGGCAAAAAGGAGGCGUGUACCGGGCAACAAUUAACAUAAACCCCGUCCUCCCACCUCGAUCCAACACACACACUGAGGAGGAGGAGGAGGAGGAGGAGGAGGAGACGGGAGUGAGGGACGCAGGAGUGAGGGACGCAGGCAGGGACGCAGGAAGGGGCGCAGGAAGGGAAGGAAGAGUACCAGAGGAGGAGGGAGCAGCAGGAGGAGUCGGAGUGGGAAACCUGCAGCAGCUCAUCAGAGAGAUUCGAGAGAGCGUUGCACAGGAGGUCCGACAGGAGAUCUACAGCGAGCUGCUGGCUGCCGUGUCGCCACGGCGAUCGCCCCUUCCCGGCAGGCAACACCCCCUGUAAUCACGGCAACAGCAGAGUACCGCCCCGUUUCACCUUUGGUCUUCAUAACCACAGCAACACUGUCCGUCUGUAACACUGUAUAGCUGAGUAACACUGUCUGUGUGGAACACUAUGUGCCUGUAACACUGUAUGUCUGUAACACUGAUGGCGAAACCCCACCCACCCCACCUGUGGAGCCUCAGACAGGACGAGGACGUUUAUGUGUCUGUUUGGUUCGAGUGUGCUGGUGUGAUGCAUGCUGGGAACACCAUCCUGUGAACCAUCAGCGAUGAUCUGUCGUCUUUUCUUCACAUCAUGUUUCCUUUUUCUAAGCUGUUUUGAUCAAAGCCAGGCCUGAAACUGCUGCCACUAAUACUACGAGUACUACAACUACUACUGCUAACAGUACUCUGCCAGUAGCAACACUACAGUCACAGUCCUGUGAACGUCCCCAUCAAGUUAUUUUGCCCCAGAUCCAAGUCUGAGAUCAGAUCCGUCAGUCCUAAAGAAAAUAAUAAUAAUAAUAAUAAUAAUAAUAAUAAUAAUAAUAAUGAUAAUAAUGAUAAAUAAUCAUCAGCUUGUAAAUUAAAACAUUAAUGUAUUUGGUAAUUUGGCUGAAUUGAGCCUUUAAUGUUAUCAGAGCAAAUACGGGAAGUACCGUAAUGAGCUUUUAAUUUGAACUUAGUUUGGGGUUAGAACAGUAGGGUCUUAUAUUAAACUCACUUUAUACCCCUUCAAGUUACUCAUUCCAUGCACAUUUCACCUUCAUGUAAAAGGUUUAAAUAGGUCUUAAAGAUAUACAAUAAGGGGAUUAUUAUCUUACAUUUAUCAACAUUUCUUCAUCAUCAUCAUCGUCAUCAUUAUUGUCAUUGUGCUUCUGUACCUCUUGCUUCAUUUACAGUUCAUUCUGUCAUGAUCUUUCUGAUCUGUGCUGAGCUGUCCCUUUAACACUUUCAGUCUUUGCUAUGCAUUUGUGUGUGUUGGUUGUUCCAGAGCAAGUGAUGAGGUCAGUGUGUGAUGUCAUGAGGUACUGCAGAGGUCAAAGGUUACCCUGCAACAGCAAGUUUCAGUAAGUUGUCAUGGCGAUAAGGAUGAUGAUGAUGAUGUAAUGCCCGUCAGUCAUAGGUUGGAACUUAGCAAGCAGACCAUGUAUGGAUGAGCGGGCAGUGUAGCCCAAACCUUAAAGCCACAGUUCACCCAAAAAUCAAAAAUACAUAUUUUUUCGGGUCAGGAUUUCUGGAAAUAAACAUUACUGUUGAGUUUUUCAAAUUAAUUUUUUUUGUCGCUUUGAGCACCACAAGCCGAGUUCCAUCUAGUUCCAUUGUAUUCUAGAAAAGACAGACAUGUCUACGGGACAACACUCGGCAACUCACACAUAAACAAUCCAGAUUGAUAAAUAGCACUACAGGUAAGAGGAAAAUAAAACGUCUUUGAUUAUUGGGUGAAUUGUCCCUUUAGCUGCGUUAGUAUAUUAGCUUCCCUCUCCGAUGACAAAACUGUGUGCAAUAAUAUGAACAUAUAUAUUGAUAACUGAGACUAUUGUGAUUAGAUUAUCAGUAAAUUGAUGUUAACAUUUCAGGUCAUCCUGCACCACUUCAGCAGAAACUCUACCUGCAUGUCUGAUACAAAUUAAUCUGCAACUUGCUGGUUUUAUUGAGAGAAACUCUUGAUUUUCCUCGUCUUUGCACAGAUUUAACAGAAGUGUUUCAUCACUGAACAAUUAAUUACUAAUGACCAAUAGAGAGGCAAAUCACUCCCUAUCAGAUGUCCCCCAUGGGACCUUAUUUUGGAUCAAAUAUGUACAGUAGUCAAAGGCGAGAGAUGAAAAAUGUUUGAUCCCGUUGUGCAAUGAAUUUCACACAAGAUGUUUGUCAAUUUAAAAGAUAAUUUUUUAAGUCGCAGGUUGUCAUUACAUAUUUUUUCCAAAGUAAGGUCCCAUGGUGGUCCACCUGGUGGGGUGGGGCUUCGCCUCUUUAUUACUGGAUAUCUGUUUUUCUUCAGCAAUGCCUGUGUGUAGUGUCUGUUUAAUCCCUCGCAGGUUUUCCGGAUAAACCGCUAGUUUUUUUUAAGAUAAAAACAACCUUGGGAGUAGCUGAGGUCACAAAAGCGCUCUGCACCCUCCAUAGAUGAGUGUGAUUGGCUGAAAGGCCUGUCAAUCAAGACAAACACCCUCCUAAAUACCUCUAUUUUUGUUUAUCUUCAAGGAACAAUGAUUUUCAAAAUUUCCACACAGACUCAGAAUUAUCUGCUGAAAGCUGAACAUUUGGGAAUCAAUUUAUUGACUUUCUUUUGGUGGAUUUUCAUCCUUGAUGUUUGGGAACAAUAUACGGUGAAGAGAUUCAGAGCACAAAGGUCGCCUUAUUAUUAAUGAUUCUGAGCUUUCAGCCACAUCUCAAUCUUUAUUAUUCAAUGCUCCAAAUCAUUAUUAACUCAAACUUCUGACCUCCGAUUCUCUUUACCAUUUAUUGACAUUGUGUUUGUUUAAAACGUUUUAUUUUUCAUUUUCACUGAUCACAAACUUUGCUCUGCUGGACUGUGAUUUUGAGCUGCCAGGCUCAAACGGGCUUUACAUUGUUUUUAAACUGAUCAAGAAAAUCCUUCGCACAAUUCUAAUCUCACUUCACUGUCUGACUGUUGGUGUCUAUUAAUGUCUAUUGAUGUCAAUUAAUGAUGAUGUUUAUUUUGUAAUGAUGUAUUUUCAGCGGGAUGCAGGGGAGGUAUCACUCUGUAGAGAUGAGAAUAAUAAAGAUGUAUUUAUUUUCAGUACA